AUGGAAGAGAUGGAAGAGGAGCUGAAAUGCCCGGUGUGCGGCUCCUUUUACCGGGAGCCCAUCAUCCUGCCCUGCUCGCACAACCUGUGCCAGGCGUGCGCCCGCAACAUCCUGGUGCAGACGCCGGACUCGGAGUCUCCGCAGAGCCGCCGCGCCUCGGGCUCGGCCGUCUCCGACUAUGACUACCUGGACCUGGACAAGAUGAGCCUGUACAGCGAGGCGGACAGCGGCUACGGCUCUUACGGGGGCUUCGCCAGCGCUCCUACCACGCCGUGCCAGAAGUCCCCGAACGGGGUCCGCGUGUUCCCGCCGGCCGCGCCGCCGCCUCCCGCCGCCCUGGCGCCGCCGCCGCCGCCGCGCAACGCGUGCCUGACCUGCCCGCAGUGCCACCGCAGCCUGGUGCUGGAUGAGCGCGGGCUGCGGGGCUUCCCCCGAAACCGCCUGCUCGAGGGCGUCAUCGACCGCUACCAGCAGGGCAGGGCGGCGGCCCUGCGGUGCCAGCUCUGCGAGAAGGCGCCCAAGGAGGCGGCCGUGAUGUGCGAGCAGUGCGAUGUGUUUUACUGCGACCCGUGCCGCCUGCGGUGCCACCCGCCGCGGGGACCGCUGGCCAAGCACCGCCUGGUGCCGCCGGCCCAGGGCCGCGUCAGCCGCCGGCUCAGCCCCCGCAAGAUCUCCACCUGCACCGACCACGAGCUGGAGAACCACAGCAUGUACUGCGUGCAGUGCAAGAGCCCCGUCUGCUACCAGUGCCUGGAGGAGGGCAAGCACUCCAGCCACGAGGUGAAGGCGCUGGGAGCCAUGUGGAAGCUGCACAAGAGCCAGCUUUCCCAGGCCCUGAAUGGUUUGUCAGACAGAGCCAAGGAGGCAAAGGAAUUCCUGGUCCAGCUCCGCAACAUGGUGCAGCAAAUCCAGGAGAACAGUGUGGAGUUCGAGGCCUGCCUGGUGGCCCAGUGUGACGCCCUCAUCGACGCCCUCAACAGAAGGAAAGCCCAGCUGCUGUCCCGGGUCAACAAGGAGCAUGAACACAAGCUGAAGGUGGUGCGGGACCAGAUCUCGCACUGCACGGUGAAGCUGCGCCAGACCACGGGGCUGAUGGAAUAUUGCCUGGAGGUCAUCAAGGAGAACGACCCCAGCGGCUUCCUGCAGAUCUCAGAUGCUCUCAUCAGGAGGGUGCACCUGACCGAGGAGCAGUGGGGCAAGGGGACGCUCACCCCACGCAUGACCACGGACUUCGACCUGAACCUCGACAACGCCCCUCUGCUGCAGUCCAUCCACCAGCUCGACUUCGUCCAGAUGAAAGUCUCCUCCCCAGUGCCGGCCCCGCCGAUCCUGCAGCUGGAGGAGUGCUGCACCCACAACAACAGUGCCACUCUGUCCUGGAAGCAGCCCCCUCUGUCCACGGUGCAGGUGGAAGGAUACAUCCUGGAGCUGGACGAUGGCAACGGCGGCCAGUUCAGGGAGGUGUAUGUGGGCAAGGAGACCAUGUGCACGGUGGAUGGGCUGCACUUCAACAGCACCUACAGCGCCCGCGUCAAGGCCUUCAACAAGUCAGGAGUCAGCCCCUACAGCAAGACCCUGGUGCUCCAGACUUCCGAGGACGCGCAGUCAGAAGAACAGACCCUCCCUUUUCCAGUGCCUUUGGAAAGAUCGCAGCUUCGUAGAAUGAGUCCUUUCUCCUCCACCCUUAAUCUACAACCCAGCUUCUCGGGGAGAUCCUACUUUGAGCUAAGAUCUUCGGCCCACCAGCUGAGCUUGCAUUCUUCCUUACAGUCCCUGAAUUCAGCCGGAUGCAAUUUUGACACACAAGGAUCGCCUUACUCCCAAUUAGUUGACAUUAAAAAAAUGGUGGCAGUCGCUUGGUUCUCUUUCGACCCCGCCUCUGCCCAUGCCGACAUCAUCUUUUCCAACGACAACCUGACUGUCACCUGCAACAGCUACGAUGACAGGGUGGUGCUGGGGAAAACGGGCUUUUCCAAAGGGCUGCACUACUGGGAGCUGUCCAUCGAUCGCUACGACAACCACCCCGACCCGGCCUUCGGCGUGGCUCGCAUCGACGUCCUCAAGGAUGCCAUGCUGGGCAAGGACGACAAGGCCUGGGCCAUGUACGUGGACAACAACCGCAGCUGGUUCAUGCACAACAACUCCCACACCAACAGAACCGAGGGCGGGAUCACUAAAGGCGCCACGGUGGGAGUGCUGCUGGAUUUGACCAGGAGGACUCUGACCUUCUCCAUCAACGAGGACCAGCAAGGACCUGUGGCCUUUGAGAACCUGGAGGGCCUCUUCUUCCCCGCCGUCAGCCUCAACAGGAACGUGCAGGUGACGCUGCACACUGGGCUGCCGGUGCCCGAGUUCUACGCUUCGCGCUCGGCCAUGCCCUGA